AAAUAUAUUUCGAUGUUAUCUAAAAAUAUAUGCACGUAUGAUUAAAUAUAUUUUAAAGCAAUAAUUUUUUCUAUCGUUAUAAAUUGCGCGAAAAAUAUCGCACGCGCGACAAAAAGAGAAGAGCGUUGUUCGAAAGUUGGAAAGAAAAUAUUCGAUCCACGGUUAGAACGAAUUCCAGUAGCUGGAAUUCCAGGGACCACGGUCGGAGCGCGUGGAUCGUUUCGGCAGAAAAGAGGCGCAGACGUGAGUCCAACUCUCGACAGGGGCGGAGUCCCUGCCCUUUGUCAAUAAGAGAGCAUGCUCCCUCAUAUCCCUCUUCCAUUUCGUCUCUCUUCUUCCCCACACUGGAACGCGUAGCUCGCAACAUCUCCUCCACCACCCUUCUUCAUCCUCAUCUACGUCCAUCUCCCGUCCUCUCUUCCCGAUCUUCCCCCUCCUCGCUCUCCCUGUAAUCAGCCUCUCUCAUCCUCCAUUACUUUUCUCCCUCGCGUUUCUUUCCCUCCGCGUUUUCAAUCGCGUUCCUCCUCUUCCUCUCUUUCUCCAUCUCCUCUCCUCUCUUCAUCGUCCACCCUGGCGCCUCCAUCUUCUUCCCUCCUCCUCCUCCUCCCAGUUUCGUUCCAGGGGACGAACUAUUUUUUCGCGGUACGCCUCUCCAAAUAUACCCACACGGCACACGUCGAACGAGCCGGCCCCAGAGCACAGACGCCGCGACGCCGCCGCCGCCGCCGUUGGCUGCUGCUGCUGUUGUUGUUGUAGCGCCAGAUAGAUCCGCGGCCGUAGAGCGACGAGACGCGACCGCGCGAAAGAAAGAGCGAAGAAAUUUCGAAUUUCGAAUAUGCGCCCAACGUGAAUCCCGAUGAACGUGUCAUCGAUCGAUGGUUGCUGAACCAGGCCCGCCACGGUCCGCGCUCGGUCCACGCGUGUCUACGCGCAAACAGGAGACGCGCCGCUGCCCGCGAGCCGCGCUACUCUGUUGCUCCCGCCGUGCCUCGAAUAACCGCGAUUGCCCAGACCUGACGCGGAUCUUCCACGGGGGAUAAUCGUUCUCGACACUUUCCGUACGACCGAAGUAUAUACUUCGAAAAGAGAAGAGAGAUAGAGAGAGAAUAAGCAAGAUCCGGGAAGAGGAGAGAGAUGGCGGGAUAAAGGGAGAGAAUAUAUUGGAUAGGGAAAGAGGGAGAGAGAAAGAGAGGUGACUUUUAUCGAUUGUCGUCGUGGGACGAGAUACGAGGGAGAGAGAGAGAGAGAGAGAUAUCCGUGCUGGAUUCGAGAGUGCGGGGAUCUUGCGUUGCGACAGAAUCAAUUCCGUGCGGUCCAACAACGCAACGUGUUACCCAUCAACUUCUGUGUUUCCCAUCACGAUCAAUCCGGGAUGGGUACAGUGUCGCUACCCGCUUACGAGGCCCGUCCUCCCAGCUGAUGGUGUUUUUCGGUGGCACAAGGAAGAUCGAAGGGGGAGUCGCGAUUGGCCGACGAAUGAUCGGAAAACGCGACAAAAUUGUUAUUGUCGACCCUGGAUUGAGGGAUUGAAAGGAGGGAUUGAUCGACGAUCGAGGAUACCCAAGGGCCGCUAAUGCUACGGACGAACGGAUGAACUGUUGGAAACUAUGCUGGCAUAUUGUACGACGUCGCAUUGGAUCGAAGGAUAUAUCGAGCGGUUACACGAGGAAAGCGCGGAGUAAUGAUCAGUGAUACGCGGUCCGAGGUGUUGACCGCGAAUUUCAAACAGGCGAGUCGCACCGUGCAUGACUGGCGGCGUAAAUUCGCCUUGAGCGGUAACCUAUUGUUGAGAAUUUUUCUUGGCCUUUGUUAUAUCACGGGUACGAAUUGCGAUUGGAAAGAGAGAAUGCCGCGUGGGACCAACAACAACAACAUGCAGAUCACUAGCCGAUUGUCUCAGCUCGGCUAUUGCGAUCUGGAGGAGACCUGCGACUGGUCGUGGAACGACAAAUUUCAAGAAAAUUUCAAGAAGAGCCUACCCUUGAGAAAUAAAUUGGGGCCUAACGUGGACGCCAGUAAUUCUACAGAGGGGCAUUUCUUAUGGUUUACUGGGUCCGGAAAACCUCAAAUAUGGUCCGGUAAAAUCCCUCCAACUGGAUCACGUUGCAUAUUAGAAUUAGCUCUGUAUCAAGUUGAAAUGAGCAAUGGUAUUAUCAAGUUACUUAUAAUUACAAACAAUACAAGUUGGAUUGCCGCGGAGAGGCAAGGAAAUAAUCAUACAAAAUGGGAGAUAAUGCGUUUUACAAUAGGUACUAUCACUCAGUCACAUCAGUUAAUUAUAGAGAUUUUAGUACCCUAUUCUAAUUCCAGCAUCGCUAUUGAUAAUGUUCACCUAAUCGACUGUUUCCCGGAAUCAACAGCGGUGAGGACUGACUGCACGGAAGACAUGUACCGUUGUAAGAAUGGCUCGUGUUUAAACAGAACACGUGUCUGUGACCUGACAAAAGACUGCGCCGAGGGCGAAGACGAGGAGGACGAUUGCGACAAAAUACCGGAGAACGCGAGAUGCAAUUUCGAGCACGGAUGGUGUGGAUGGAAAAAUGUGCCGGGAAGACCUUUAAACUGGACCCUCCAUCGUGGCGCAACACCGUCCGAGAAAACUGGACCUAGUUACGAUCAUACAUACCGCAAUGCGUCCGGGACAUACGCCUAUGUAAGUAUGUCACCAAAAGUAGAAUAUGGUAGCCACGGUACUAUUGAAAGUCCAUUGUACAAUCCUACACCACCUUAUAAUGGUGAUCCACAAAGUCCUUACCAUAAGUCGUGUCAAGUACGGUUUUUCUAUCAUCAAUAUGGUGCAAACAGCGGUUCUCUUGGAUUGUAUUUAGUUCAAGUAAAACCACAUCAACCCCAUUACGAACGAUUAUGGUGGUCUUAUCUUAGUGGUGACAGAAGUGACGUUUGGUACAAUCAAGCUGUUUCUUUACCUGAUAUCAAAUACAGAUAUUUUCUUCAAUUUGAGGCAAGCAGAGGAUAUUAUUCAAAAGCUGAUGUAGCUAUCGAUGAUUUUUCCCUGAGUCCAGAAUGUUUUGGCAUUGGAGUUCCUCCUGAAGUCGUGGGAGAUUUCAAUUAUUCUAACCCCGUCAUUGAUUCGGAAAAAAUCCGUGUUCAACACAAAGACUUUGUUAACGAAACUGUUAUACAUAUUACCACAUGUGGAAAUACAGGAAGAAUAGGCCCCAAUUCUGAGCAAUGUAACAAGGAAUACAAUAGAACAGACAUAGAAUUAGUUACACCUUCACCAGAAGAAGAUCCCCUUUCUUUCAAUUUAAAUGGUAUUCAACGAUGGAUAGCACCUCGUGGUGGAUAUUAUACUUUAAUUGGAAUGGGCGCCCGUGGAGGAAAAGGUUCUGGAGGUAUGGGAAGCACGUUGGGUGCACUUGUCCGUGGUGUAAUCGAAUUAGAAAAGGGUGAUCAACUGUACUUUAUGGUGGGGCAAGCAGGAAUGGAUGCGUGUCCUAAAAACUUGGGACAGAAAUUAGACAGUUGUCAAGGCCCUCCAUUAUAUGGGUCUUCCUUAGGAGCUUCCAAAGUACAUGAAGUAAGAAAGAUUAAGAUAAGAGAUGGUGGAGGUGGUGGUGGUGGUGCAACGUAUAUUUUUACAUUAAAAAGUAAUGGAGAACAACAUCCCAUACUUAUCGCAGGGGGUGGAGGUGGUUUAGGAUUAGGACAAUUUAUUGACAAUGGCCAUCAACAUGGUCGAGGACCCCCUCCUCCUGGAAGACAACCUAUUUCGGGCACAGUUCUUUCAUCACAAGCAGAUAGCCCAGGCGGCCCAGGUGGAGGAUUGAACGAGUCAUCGGGUACGGGUCAACGAACUACAGCAGGCGCGCUCCUUGUUAGGGGUGGCGUAGGCGGAAUUGGUUGCGGACCUAGAAAUCACGGAAACGGAGGAUUCGGCGGCGGCGGUGGUGGAUGUCUCACAGGAGGUGGUGGAGGUGGCUACAUAGGUGGUAAUACCGGUCACAAGGAACUUAGUAACGGCGAAGGUGGUUACUCCUACGCCAGCAGCGAGCUUAUGUACGUUCACUUCCUGUCAGGAAUAAAUCAUGGGCCAGGAGAGGUUUACAUUAUUCCUGCUAUCAGUGGUUGCGAUUGUGACUUCCGUUGCAUCUCUCUCGAUCAGUAUCUCAGCGAGACAAAGUGUCUCUGUCCCCCAGGCUGGUUAUUGAGUAAUAAUUCAAGAUCUUGUCUUCCCGACGACAAUGUUUUAGACGGUUCAAAAGUUACCCAUCAACCGUUCAUGAUACCCCUUAUAGUUGUAAGCAUUGGCCUACUCUUUGCUUUCACCGCUCUCUGCCUACUACUUUAUAAUCGUUACCAAAAUCGAAAGGCGCUUAUACAACGGCGACAAGUAAUGUUUGGUAACGGAACUGAAUUAACGUCGCUGCAAGCUGUUUCCGACACUAUAAUGACCGAAUUCAAUCCGAACUACGAGUUCGCUGGAAAUCUUUAUAGUUUUAAAGACUUGACGCAAAUCCCACGCGAAUGUAUAACUUUGAUAAGACCGCUUGGUCAAGGAGCUUUUGGCGAAGUUUUUCAAGGUGUGUAUAGAUAUAGACGGAAUCAAGAACAACCUGUCGCUGUGAAGGCAAUCCCAUCUUCGUCCAGGCCUCAGACAGAGGCUGAUUUCAUGAUGGAAGCUCUGAUAAUGAGCAAAUUUAAUCAUCCCAAUAUCGUACAUUUUAUUGGAGUUUCUUUCGAGAGAAAUCCAAAGUAUAUCGUGUUAGAAUUGCUUGCCGGAGGGAAUUUGAAGAAUUUUCUUCGAGAAGAAAGGCCACGCGCGGAUCGGCCCACUUCGUUGAGGAUGCAGGAUUUGAUAAUGUGCGGAUUUGACGUAGCGAACGGUUGCAAAUAUAUGGAAGAGGCCCGAUUUAUUCAUCGAGAUAUCGCCGCGAGAAAUUGUUUGCUCACGUCCAAGGGACCCGGUCGUAUAGUGAAAAUCGCUGAUUUCGGCAUGGCAAAGGAUAUCUAUAGGAGCGAUUAUUAUAGAAAAGGAGGCAAGGCGAUGUUACCGAUUAAAUGGAUGCCACCAGAAAGUUUUCUAGAUGGGAUAUUCACUACGAAAACUGAUGUUUGGGCAUUUGGCGUACUACUAUGGGAAAUUAUGUCUUUUGGUUACAUACCUUACACUGGUUGUACUAAUAGAGAGGCUAUGACAAUGGUAACGUUAGGGGGUCGUUUAGAAAAACCUGCAGGAUGCCCUGAUCCUAUUUAUGGAUUAAUGACACGAUGUUGGCAUCCACGCCCUGAAGACCGGCCUAGUUUUGCAACUAUCGUCGAGAGAAUUGGUUACUGUUUACAGGAUCCUGAUGUGAUAAAUCAUCCAACUCCCAAUUUUGAUAUUUUGCCAAUCUGCGAUCGUGAAGUGACGAUAAUGAGACCUGAUCCGGAAACAGAAUGUAUCAAUGUGCAGUCAGAACUGGACGCAUGUGGAUACAUGCAACCUAGAAUUAUCGAUUCACGAUCAGCUAGUCAACGCAUGGCUCAAGCUAUUGCGAGCAAUAAUCCUAAUCUCAGAAACGAAAAUCCGAAUCGAAUGAAUUCAAACGAAAGAAAUAAUACGCAAGCACGAUUUCAAUCAAUUCCAUAUGGCACUAAUACAGAAUCUGAACAAGGUGGAAACGCGAGUCGCGAAGAUUUUAAGGAUGAAAAUGUUCAUUCAGAGAACAAACAUAAGGCUGACAAUUUAAAUUGCGAGGAGAAAAGCGUACAUCGAACUUCGACGGACAUCGAAAAUAGGUUAAGAAACGCGGACAAUGGUAACAAUCGUACAUCAAAUAUCGAGAAUCGUCGAAAUAGCACGGUUGAUAUUACGGAUGUAGACAGGAGGAAUGGCAAUGAAAGCAUAACUACCACUGAGACCAAUUCUGAUUCUUUGAUCGUUGCUUCCUCGGACACACCGCCUGAUACGAUCAAUUCGUCACCGAACACACGUAGUCGAUCCCCUAGUCACACUGGCCUAAAUACGAGCGCCACUAAUGUUAAUGGAAUGUUAAAGAAAAACGCCCUAAAGGCUGCGCUCAGUUUGGAUCCUAGCGCUCUGUGUCGUGGCACGAUACCGUACGAAAAAAUAGCAUUCUCACCACCACCACAGCGUUCAAGUACCCCUGGCAGCAUGGAAAUCAAGAAGUUCUAUGUAUGAUGGAACUAUCGUCUCUCUGUUCUUCACACGAAGGAUCUUCUGGGUCAUGAGCUACCAAAGGAAGAGGAAUGCUUUUGCUGAAAUUUGUACAAAGGGGAGUGACAGAAUUCCCCGACAGUCGAUGUUACAAUGCAUUCGACUAAAUCAUUGCGACGUUCCGCAACUGUAAAUGCAGUUUCUACGGCUAUGCGUUUCAAGGAAUCAUCGUCAUUUCUGUGGACACGAAAUGAAGAAUAUUCGCGUCAUGUGUACUCCGAAGAAACGUUACUAUAAGUGGAAAUUUCGAUUCUUGAACAAGUGAAUUGGUAUCGUUUUUCCAUUCCUUUUUAUUUUCCUUUGUUUUCGAAUGUGAAAAAAAGUUAUUUUCAUCCUUAUACCAGAGGGAAGACUUUAAUUGAGUUUAUUAAAUGGACGGUCACGCAUUCUCCAUUAUGACGCAUUAGGGAAAUAUAUAUGAAGUUUUUAAAAAAUAUUGUAGUUUAAGUAAUAUUAAUUUAUAAAUGAAAAAGUUUUCUCAUACUUUUAUUUAUUUUUUAGAAGCUUCAAAGUGAAUUCCCUUCAUCAUAUGAUCGACACGAACGAAAAUAAUCAUCGAUAAAAUUUAUUUAUAAUAACAUAUAUCGAAUAUAAGGAAUUGCAAAACAAAAAUGAAACAUUAUGAGCUUGAGGUCGUCCGUUAUUAAAUUCAACUAAAUCCUUUUUCUCAAAACUCACGAACACGAACAUUUACGAUACACACACACUUGUGCGCGUAAAAAGUUAUAUACGUAUAUCUACAUAUUACAUGUAAAAGAAUUUAAAAAAAUAGAAAAAAGAAAAAAGAAAGAAUUAGAAAAAGUGAAAGGUACUAACGUGAUGUUUAACAUACGUAUGCAUAAGAAAAAAAAUAAAUAAAUAAAUAAAAAAAAAUAUAAAAAAAAAAAAAUAAAAAAAAACCGAGAAGAAAAUUCAAAGUAUUAAGUCUGAAACGAAUGUUAUCACGUACCUAUACAAAAUACACUUCAUUGCAAUGUUCAAUAAUACAUUGAAUAUUCAUACAUAUACAUACAUUACCAUACAUCACAGUUAUAAAUUAACAAAUAUAAAUUAACGAAAGAAACUAUGUAGAUAUAGUUGUUAACGAGCUGUUAUCAUCGAUGUUCCUCCUGCAGAAGGAUUAUCCAGAAAAAUUCAAUUAGGGAUCCUUCUUGUCCUUUAUAAAAUAUAUGCAGGACGAUCGUCAAAUCGCGAAUAUCGUGUAAUUGUAUGAAACAUUUUUUAAAGAUACAAGCGAUGUACACAACGUGUGAUAUACAUAUAUAUAUAUAUAUAUAUAUAUAUAUAUAUAUAUAUAAAUAUAUAUAUAGAUGAAGAGUUUAAAUGAGAGAGUGCGUGUGUGCGAGAGAGAGAGAGAGAACGGAAGAGAGGGAGAGAGAGACAAUACGCUAUAUAUACAAGACUUAAUUUACACCAAAGGAAAAGAAAAAAUAAGAAAAAAAAAAAAAGGAAAAAAAAAAGAAAAGAAAAGAAAAAAUGUACGCCUAUGGCGUUCUUUCUACACAUACCUGUAAACCUUUACAUAUACAUAUACAUAUGUAUAAAUGUAUAUAUUAUAUAUAUAUAAUUAUAUAUAUUAUAUGUAUAAUUAUAAUAUGUAUAUUCUAUAUAUAGAUUUAUUUAUCAGAAAACUUUAGGCAAGGCUGGUCGAAUCGCCUUCAUCCUCGAUAUAUUAUGAUUUAAAUAAUAAUAUAUCAUUCGAACAACGAUCGUAAUUUUCUCCAAAAGCGUUUAAUUAAAAUUAAAAAAGGAAAAAAAAAGAAAGAAAGAGGGGGAAAAAAGGGUGAUCGAUUUCUCAGAUCAAAUACCGAGAAAUCCGAUUGAUAUCAAUGUUCUUGCCGUGAAAAAAAUUACCUGACUGUUGGUGCAUGCAAAAAUGAAAUAAAAUAGGAUAUCCUCACCUACCUCGUUGACUCGUUGUUAGCUUGUGAAAGAAAAAAAACGACGGAUGGUGAAAAGUCCAUUUACUUUUAACAUCGAUCUCGUUGUAUACGAUCGUUAACUGCAAAAAAAAAAA